GCCUAGUAUCGGACCUUUAUUCAUUCGCCAGAUUCUGGGGCCACCUUUAAAGCCCCGUUGACUCUGAGAGCGGCCGUAGAUCUUUCUUCGCAUGGCUGCGUUCAUUGUAAUCGCAACGCUCCUCCUAGUCUCUCUACUUCUUCGGUGGUUCAAGCGACCGUCGGUCAAGCACGUCAAGGGACCACCGUCGCCCUCCUUCUGGCUAGGUCACGAACGUAUCCUUCGCGAUCAAGAUAAUGCAGGCGAUCUCGAAACGAAAUGGCUCAGGGAGUAUGGUACUCUUUAUCGUAUCGGAGGCUGUUUGGGUCAAGACAUUCUGGUUGUAUGCGAUCCCAAGGCCCUCGAACAUAUUUUCCACCCUUCAUGUCCUUACCCCAAAUCGCAAGACAACGUGUUCAUUCUUGAUCUCGUCAUCGGCAGGGGACUUGUUAGUGUUAAUGGCGAGUCCUCUUCUCGGUCAAACCUUUGCGUAAAGCCUCAGCCAAUGCUUUCAGAUGAGAUCCACCACCGUCAACGCAAGAUCAUGAAUCCGGCAUUCUCUUCCACACAGCUUCAGAAGGCGCAGACCAUCUUUCAGCAGUGCAGCGACAAGCUCGUGAACAGUAUUCAAGGAUCUCUGAUUGGCACGGAUGACACCGUCAAUGUCCUUGAUUGGACAAGCAAGGCUGCCUUAGAUAUAAUCGGACUAGCAUCCUUUCGGUACGCUUUUGGUUCUCUCGACGGUCGAAACACCGAACUAGGGCAAGCGAUGAGACAUACUUUCACGGCUUCGCAAUCCAACCCAACAGCACUAGAGCUUAUUCUCGUAUCCCUGAUACGAAUGGUCCCAGAUUCAGUGCUAGGGUUUCUAAAGCUAAUCUCGACUAGAGAAAUUCGACAACUCGCCAGUGUAGGGAAUGUAGCAAAGAAAACAGCUCGAGAAAUCAUGGCUAGCCAUGACGAGGUGCAGACGUCAGAAGGCGAUGGAGAUAUUGUUGAUAUCCUAGCGAGAGCACGCUUAGCAGGUAAAAUGCAUGAUGAUGAAAUCGAAGCGCAAUUUAUGACCUUUGUUGUUGCCGGCCACGAGACGACAAGCCUCAGUCUAUCCUGGUUGUUAUAUGAACUGGCCGCGCAUCCUGAGCAUCAAUCUAUAAUCCGUGCAGAGCUCAAACAAUCGAACGACUACGACUCGAUGUCGUUUUUGAACGCUGCGAUUAAAGAAUCCCUCCGUAUACACCCAAAUUCGCAUUCCUUCAUACGCACUGCUCCUCACGACGAUGUUCUACCUCUCUCUGGGGGGAAGACGCUUGCCAUACCCAAGGGACAGACACUUGUUUGUUCUGCCUACCUAUACAACCGUCUCCCAGUGCUCUGGGGAGAUGAUGCGGAAGAGUGGAACCCAGUCCGAUUUCUCGAUAGGACUCUGCCCGUGUCGCUGGGUGUAUAUGCUAAUCUGAUGACAUUUAGUGCCGGCCCUCGUUCAUGCAUCGGGUGGCGAUUCGCAAUCAUGGAAACGCAAACGAUCCUCGCCAACUUGCUUCUGAAUUUUGAAUUCAGUUUGCCUGAAGGUGGUCAGGAGAUCUUACAGUUUCCCGGCACGCCGACCGUCGUACCUAUUGUGAAAGGGAAAGCACAUUUAGGCUCUCAGCUUCCUUUAAGGGUGAGGGCUUUACAUUAGUGAAUGACGGUAGUCACUUCAG